AUGUGUAUAAGAGACAGCCAUCAUCCACCAACUCACCCCAUCAUCCACCAACUCACCCCAUCAUCCACCAACUCACCCCAUCAUCCACCAACUCACCCCAUCAUCCACCAACUCACCCCAUCAUCCACCAACUCACCCCAUCAUCCACCAACUCACCCCAUCAUCCACCAACUCACCCCAUCAUCCACCAACUCACCCCAUCAUCCACCAACUCACCCCAUCAUCCACCAACUCACCCCAUCAUCCACCAACUCACCCCAUCAUCCACCAACUCACCCCAUCAUCCACCAACUCACCCCAUCAUCCACCAACUCACCCCAUCAUCCACCAACUCACCCCAUCAUCCACCAACUCACCCCAUCAUCCACCAACUCACCCCAUCAUCCACCAACUCACCCCAUCAUCCACCAACUCACCCCAUCAUCCACCAACUCACCCCAUCAUCCACCAACUCACCCCAUCAUCCACCAACUCACCCCAUCAUCCACCAACUCACCCCAUCAUCCACCAACUCACCCCAUCAUCCACCAACNAAGCAUGAGCAGCAACAAGCAUGAGCAGCAACAAGCAUGA